UGGAGGCAGGGGGGUGGAAAUAUACCUGUAUGUGUCUGUUGACCUGUGCCCCUGGUUACUAGUGCUUAAAAGGAUCCAGUUUAGGCUGAUACCGGCGUUCAUGGCUGGGCUGGGCUGUUUCCAGGGCCAUUCCGUUCUGUUUUUGAAACCUGUCUAGUUUCCAGUAUGUACCUUAAAUCAAAGCUUGGAUAACGUCGAGUUUUACGCCGUUUAUAUAAAUCCAUUCGCUUCCCACUUUCCUUCCCUGGAGUUUCAGACACCCCUCCGAUCUCACACAUAUCCAUUAAACGCACACACCAUGGGUUUCUUUUCCCACAAGGAUACGAGCUCCAAGAAGAUCAAGAAUGCCCUGAAGACGCAAAAGUCCAUCAGCAAUGACGAUUUGACGUUGUUGGACGACGGGCCAGCCAUCUCUCCAACCAGACCCCAACACAGCCUUGGAAACAACACCCAGCAAUUUUCAAAGAACAGCGCCAGCAAUCACCAGCUCCAUCAUUACUCCCACACGCGAAACGAUGCCCUCGAGAACGAACGGGAACGCAACAAAAUCUUAGAAAGCCAGUUGCUCCUUUUGAGCGAGAAGAUCGCGUUGGCGUACGACAAGGUCGCGCGCACGGAAGAGGAGAACUUUAGCUUGAAGACAAGCAACGAGCAGUUGCUCUUUCUGUUAAACGACGCCAUGAAGAUGCAAAUAACGUCCCAGCAGGGGAUGGCGUCCGACGAGACUGCGGUGCGCCACAAGAGAUACUCGUCGUUAUACUCGUCCGGCUCCUCGAGAUUAAGCUUGAACUCAGGCACCCCGUCCACCGUAUCGUCGGCCCCACCACACUCGCAGCAAAAGCUCUGCGAAGCGCAGCAAGUUAUUGAGAAGCAGGCAGCCUCUAUCGCCACCCAGGAAUCCCAGAUCCGAGACUUGCUGAACGAAAAGGAGCAGCUUAUCAACGAUCUCCAGCUCGUUACCCACCAGCAAAAAUUGGAAAAGAUGGAACAUCAGACGGUGACUGACCAGUUGAAUGAGCAGUUGCAGCAGUAUGCCGCCAGAGAACAGCAAUUGGUCAAGAAGGUGGGCAGUUUCAGAAACAGCUUGUCGUUUUGUUUCCUCGGCAACAAGGCUUCUGGCCCUGCGGAAGCAAUCAUUGAGGAAGGGGCCGAGGCGGAAUCAACCUUGGAUUUCAGUCACGUUCAGCAAGAAACCAUUAAACAAAUAAUUGGCGAUAUGAACAACCUUGACAUUGAUUUUCCAGAAACGCCCUUCUUGGGUGGGUACAACAGCGCUUACUCGUCCUGCGACGAGUUUGAAGCGGAGUAUUGUAACGGUCAGAAACAGCGGGAAUCCGCCCAGAGAUUCAACACCUUGAACGUGAUGGACUUAAUUCCCUCUUCUAACUAUCAGACUGGCACCGAAACCAAGUCUGGUUCCAAUGCUAGACAGAGUUACUACUUCAGAAGUGAGUCCCCGGACGAAACCUUCAAAUCUACGGAGGGAUUGAACAUCCAGAAGAAGAUGAAGGCGUCUGACAGAAUCGAGCUAGAGUUGCAAAACUUGAAAAAGUUCUACUACGACGCGUGAGCCUCUACAUACGUCUCCUUCUGCAUAUUCAUCCGAUCGCCCCUGGCGCAUCUGCUCUUAUGAUUUACGAUAACUUAACCUUUUUGUUAGUAUUAGAAAUGUAUGGCUUUU